AGUACCGUCGUACAUAGAAAAACUUAAUCUCUAUUACAAUACGGCAAUUUGCCCUCAGUUGUGAGAUCAGACAUGGCGUCUUCAUUGAUUUGCAGUGAAACACAGAGCAGAGUAAGCUCGGUUUUAAACAGAGAUGUCAAGCAAUUUGGGAAGAAGUACAUGUUUGACUCAAAUGAAGAAACUUGCUGGAACUCUGACCAGGGUGAUUCUCAGUGGGUUACUCUUGAAUUCCCACAGCCAGUCAGAGUGUCUGAAUUAAAGGUGCAGUUCCAAGGAGGCUUUUCAGGAAAAACAUGCAGAUUGGAAGGAAGCCCAAAAGCUGGAGAAUUGGCAAAAAUCACACAUUUUUACCCUGAAGACAACAGCUCACUACAAAGCUUUCCCAUUCAGGAGGCCCACAUGGUGCACAGGCUAAAAAUAGUGUUUGAGAACAGUGCUGACUUUUUUGGGCGAAUAAUUGUUUACUCCUUGGAUGUCCUGGGGGAAAGAGCUUUGUGACGUUUUUGUUUCUGCAUGAGAGGGAGCGAGACCUAUAGGGAAAGAGGGUGUAGUAACAUUGAAUAACAUAACUGCUGGAAGACUGUACCACCCACAUGAACUUUGGAAUGGGAACCAUAUCUGACUAUUUUUGGUGAGGACAUUUUUAGUUGGUCACCUGCUUGCAUCACAGAAACAACAAGGGGAUGAAGGAGGACUCUGAAUCUGGAUUUGUUAUUGCAGCUUUACAGGCUUUAAGGUCACGUAACCACAUGCCUAUUGAAAUGUUCUUGUGCCUUAUUUGAUUUGCCAUUCCAAAUGAACAUUGUAAAAUUCUUAAGCCAUUUGUUUUUAUUUGUUUACAAUCACUUCGUUUUUUGAAAUAGUUAUUUAAACUUAGUAUGAUUGUCGUAAAAAAACAACAACACAUAAACGUCCUUAAUAUACAAAACAUUUGAGAGGGUGCUUACCUUUUUGUGUCUGAUGGUGACAGCUAGGGCAAUUGGACUAUACCCAGAAUCUGCCUCAAUGUUCAUGUCUGCCCCUUCUAUCUGAAUUAAAAUCACAUUACCAAAUGUAUUUGUGCCACUGA